CACCUUUACCGCUCCUUUCGUGGCUCUCUGGUUGUGGUUUCUGUCGGUGCAAUCACGUUGGUGGAUAUUCUGUUUUCCUGAACCUGUCAGGGAAGCCUUACAGUCCUUUAGAUUGUAUCCAGAUGUGCUAUCCUUUAUUGUGAUUCUCAGGCGUUCAUUGUCGUCGCUGCUUACUCCGCACCCGGUCUCUCGGUCCGACAGCCCAUCAGCUUGCCAGCUACCUACUAACUCAAGUGCAAAGGCAGCUCUCGCACUUUGGAGCCAGCAUGCGGCUGCCAUCGUCACUCCAGCUAUCCCUCGCCCUCUCCCUCUCACUCUCGGCCUCUACGGUCGCAGCACGGAGCAACUACUCCGAGGCCGCCCUCGUAUCUCCGCUCUUCUCCGCACUCGACGAUCGUCCAGACGGUUGCCCGCCGUGCUUCAACUGCCAACUAGACGCAUUCCAAUGCGCCCAGUUUGCUGACUGCGAUAAAUUUACCGGGAAAUGUGUCUGUCCACCAGGGUUUGGUGGCGAUGACUGCGCGCAGCCUCUGUGUGGGUCGCUGGCCGAUGGCCAUCAGAGGUCCCCCCGGCAGGGCGACCAGUGCUCGUGCGAAGAUGGCUGGGAAGGAAUCAACUGCAACGUGUGCCAAACGGAUGAUGCAUGCAAUGCGAUGAUGCCAGAAGGUGAAGGGGGUGUUUGCUAUAAACAGGGUGUUACCGUCAAAGAGAACUUUCAGAUGUGUGACGUGACCAAUCGCAAGAUCCUUGAUCAGCUCAAGGAGCGCAAGCCACAGGUGACGUUCUCUUGCGAGGCCGAAGACCAGACUUGCAACUUUCAGUUCUGGGUGGGCCGGGUAGAAUCGUUCUAUUGUGGAUUGGAUAAGUGCCAAUGGGGCUUGGAGACUACUCAUAGUCAGAACAAAACCCACUACACGUGCGAAAACAUCAACUGCGAGUGUAUCCCAGGACGCAUGCUUUGUGGCGAGGAAGGAUCUAUCGAUAUCGGCGACUUUCUCCGGGAGUCAAUCGCGGGACCUGCUACGUUCUCCUCGAUCUCCACUGAGGGUGGCAGUCCGGAAGAUGGUAGCACGUUCCAGGAGCCAGCUAUGGACGAGUUGAUUAAAGCUGUUUUUGGCGACAAGAGUAUUACUCUGAAUUGCAAUGCUGGCGAGUGUCUGUAUCGGACAGAUGUUCCUGGCUACACGCGCCCGGUCAAACAGAUCAACACCCCUCUUAUCGCCGGCGUCAUCGCGGGAUGUGCCCUCUUCGUCGUUGCUGUCAUUCUGUCUGUAUGGUAUCUUUCACGCAGGUCUUAUUUUGGUCGCAUUCAGCUGCCCCUUUCGGACGACGAGGACGACGAAGCGGCCAAGCUCCUGGCAGAACACAAACCAGCGGCCUUGUAUUGGGACGGUGUCUCGUACUACUUGAACGGAAAGGAAAUUCUAAGUGGCAUUCAGGGUUCUUCUCAGCCUGGUCAGAUCACAGCCAUCAUGGGCGCCUCGGGUGCAGGAAAGACGACCUUCCUUGACAUUCUUGCUCGGAAGAACAAGCGGGGUACUGUCCGUGGCGAUUUCUAUGUCAAUGGGGAGAAGAUCAGUGACCAUGACUUCAAGAGUAUGAUUGGCUUUGUCGAUCAGGAAGAUACUAUGCUCCCCACCCUGACUGUGCACGAGACUAUCUUGACAAGUGCGUUGCUCCGAUUGCCGCGAGACAUGAGCAGGGCUGCGAAGGAGCAGCGCGUGUUUGAAGUUGAAAGGCAACUUGGGAUAUCCCAUAUCAAGGAUCAAUUGAUCGGAUCUGAGGAAGGCAGAGGUCGGGGCAUUUCGGGUGGUGAGAAGCGCCGAGUUGGCAUCGCAUGCGAGUUGGUUACUAGCCCGAGUAUUCUUUUCUUGGAUGAGCCUACAAGUGGAUUGGACGCAUACAACGCAUUCAAUGUGAUUGAGUGCUUGGUGACAUUGGCAAAAACAUACAAUCGCACUGUCAUCUUCACUAUUCACCAACCGCGCUCCAACAUUGUUGCUUUGUUUGACCGACUAAUUCUCCUAGCUAAAGGAAAGACCGUCUAUUCCGGACCCUUCUCCACUUGCCAAAGAUACUUCGACCAUUCAGGUUACUCUUGCCCACCAGGCUUCAACAUUGCUGACUAUCUUGUCGACCUCACGAUGCACGCUAGCGUGACCCGCUCUCACAGCGACGAGAUCAACUCCCCCUUACUAGAUGUGCGUGUCGACCCCCCUAAGACGGCGUCAAGCAGCCUACGAGCUGUCAAAUCUGUGGCUAGUGCAUCCAACGCGAGCUUCGAGGAUAGCAGCAGUACUUUCGAUGCGAACAGACGACCGAAGAGUAAGCGGCGCGUCUCCCUCAAACAGAAACAGGACAGACAGCUCUACUCGCGCAAGAAGGACCCAGAAGCUCCCCCUACCCCGAAAACCGAUGAAGAAGACGAGCCUUUGGAUGAUGCCGCCGAGGAAAACCAGCAAUGGCUGCGUCUUUCUCGUCAAACAGGCACCGCUCCAUCUCAAAUCAUGGAUGACCCUGAUCAGAUACCCCCAGCGGCCCCCGGACAGACAGACCUUGACAUUUUGGUUGCAAACUAUGCGGCAUCGGACAUCGCACGCUCCGUGCAUGAUGAGAUCGUAGCGGCCAUACAGCAUGCACGCGUGGCGAACGGGUAUACCAACCCCGAGCUGAUGUCAGCUCCUACUGGAACCGGCAAGACAUACGCUCGCAUUGGCCUCUUGCGACAAUUUCUGAUCCUGUCACAACGGACCUGGCGUAACUUGUAUCGGAAUCCUAUGUUGAUGCUCACGCAUUAUGCCAUUUCUAUCCUGCUCGCUGUUCUGUGCGGUUACCUCUUCUACGGCUUGACCGACGACAUCAAGGGCUUCCAGAAUCGGUUGGGUCUUUUCUUCUUCAUUCUCGCAUUGUUUGGAUUUAGCACGCUUACCAGUCUAACGGUGUUCUCCGGGGAGCGGCUUCUAUUUGUACGCGAGCGAGCUAAUGGCUACUACCACCCGAUAACCUACUUUGCGGCCAAGGUGGUGUUUGACAUUGUGCCCCUUCGCCUUCUCCCUCCUAUUAUCAUGGGUAUCAUUGUGUAUCCCAUGACUGGCUUGAUCCCGGCUUGGGGCGAAUUCUUCCGUUUCAUCUUGGUACUUGUUCUCUUCAAUCUAGCGGCCGCCAAUAUUUGCUUGUUCAUCGGUAUCAUCUUCCGGGAUGGAGGCGUGGCCAAUCUGAUUGGGAGCUUGGUGAUGCUGUUCAGUCUGCUCUUCGCUGGUCUCCUGCUCAACCACGACGCCAUUCCCAAGUCUGCAUUGUGGCUGCAAACUCUUUCCAUCUUCCACUACGGCUUCGAGGCUCUGAUCGUCAAUGAAGUAACGUAUCUGACCUUGAUUGAUCAUAAAUACGGCCUCGACAUUGAAGUUCCCGGUGCAUCCAUCCUGAGCGCUUUUGGAUUUGAUACCCAAGCUCUGUGGACCGAUGUCAUUGGACUGGCCGUCAUCUCGGGUGCAUUCAUCGUAAUCGCAUAUGGCGCGAUGCAUAUUCUGCUAGUUGAGAAGCGGUGAUAGUCUGAUAAAGGUGCCGGCAAUCAUCUAUGCCGACACACUUGAUCUUGUUUUAUUAUGCAGCCCACGGGCUAUGGUUGUUUUUGUGUACUGGUAUUGACUCCGUGAUGAGCAUUCUGAUACGACGUCUUCUUCCUAUUUCUGCUUUUUAGUCCUGUUCUUGCCACGGAUCUCCAUUGCACCGUUAGCUAGCUAAUGAUGGGUUAUAUCUAUGUAAAUAGAGGUC